CUAGCAGCCAUGGAACUAAGCUUUCUCUCUCUAUAUAACAUCUUUCACUUGGCUUGCAUAUUCUCCAUGAUCACAUGCAGUCACUUGAAACAAAAAAAAAAAUCUUGUUCAUUUUUUUUUUCAGUUUCGAAAAUGGCGAAAUUCGGUUCGUUUCAGCAUCUAGGUUUGGCAAUGAUUCUCGGGUUUUUAGGGUUUGUGAGCUUGUCUGAAGCCGAGUUGAAGAUGGGGUUUUAUCACAAAACUUGCCCUAAUGCAGAGAAGAUCGUACAAGACUUUGUUAACGAACACAUCCACAAUGCUCCUUCUUUGGCCGCUGCCCUCAUUAGAAUGCAUUUCCAUGAUUGCUUCGUCCGCGGUUGUGAUGCAUCGAUCUUGAUCAAUGCGACGUCGAACAACCGACAAGUGGAAAAGGUUUCUCCUCCGAAUCUGACUGUCCGAGGUUUCGACUUCAUCGACAGAGUGAAGUCUCUCUUAGAAAAAGAGUGUCCCGGUGUCGUCUCAUGCGCUGACGUCAUCACACUCGCGACCAGAGACUCAAUCGUCGCCACGGGUGGACCGUUCUGGAACGUACCGACCGGACGUCGAGAUGGACGGAUCUCUAACGCGGCCGAGUCUCUGAACAACAUUCCUCCUCCCUUUGGAAAUUUCUCGACUCUUCGGAAACGUUUCGCUGACCAGGGACUCGAUGUCAAAGAUCUCGUCUUGUUAUCCGGAGCUCACACAAUCGGGGUUUCUCACUGUACGUCCUUCUCGAACCGUCUGUUCAACUUCACCGGCGUCGGAGACCAGGAUCCGUCACUGGACAGCGAAUAUGCCGCUAAUCUCAGAUCCAGAAAAUGCAGAUCUCCUUCCGACAACAUGACCAAGGUCGAGAUGGAUCCCGGUAGCCGCAAAUCCUUCGAUCUGAGCUACUACAAUCUCCUCCUCAAACGCCGCGGCCUGUUCGAAUCCGACAACGCCUUGACCACCGACUCGACGGCGCUCGCUCUGGUUCGUCGCCUGGUCGCCGGGUCGAUGGACGAGUUCUUCGCCGAGUUUGCCAAAUCGAUGGAGAAAAUGGGUCGGAUCGGUGUUAAAACCGGGUCCGACGGUGAGAUCCGACGAUACUGCGCUUUCGUUAAUUAAACUUGUUUUAAAAUUUACUUUCCGUUUUGUUUGUGUGUGUGUGUCUGUGCCUGGGUUUUUUAAUUAUUUUUAUUUUUAUUUUUGGGUGAAAAAAUGUGGGUUUUCGAAUAAGUUUUUUUUUUUUUUUUUUUUUUCCAUUUUCAUGCAUGUGAAAUUGUUGCAAGGAAUCUACCAUCCAUGUAUGUUUUCAAUAAAAAUCUUAAUUUCUGGAUUGGAUAUACGCGAAUUAUUCA